AUGGAGAACCUCACAGUUCAGUAUUGCUUUCCUGACAACAACUCAUCUUGCAGAAAGGAGCUCCACACUCCCACCAACCUGCUCAUCCUCUCUCUGGCUGUGGCGGAUCUUCUCGUGGGACUGAUUGUUAUGCCUGUGAAAACAAUGGAGCUUAUUGAUUCUUGUUGGUAUCUUGGAAAAGUGGCAUGCAUCAUAUCUGAAAUAAUCACUGGCCUCUUAAUGUUUGCAUCUCUCUGUAGUCUGGUUUUCAUUGCAGUUGAUCGGUAUAUUGCUGUCAAUGACCCUCUGCUGUAUUCCAGCAGAAUCACAGUUUGUAAAAUGUCUGUUUGCAUAGUUCUUGGUUGGUCUUUCUCUCUAUUUUAUAAUGUGAUCUAUUUUUACUUUAAUGAUCAUCUUCUGCCUUCUCAGAUUUACAUUAGAUGUUAUGGUGAGUGCGUAGUGUUUCUAAAACAUUCUUGGUUGGUUAUUGACCUGGUCAUUUUUUUUCUAGUCCCUUGCUCCGUUAUAAUGGUCUUGUACUCAAUCAUUUUUAAUGUUGCACGACGACAGGCUAAAGCUGUCCGAGCUGUGAUGAAUAUAGUCUCCCAAAAGGUUACAAGCACUUCUGAAACCAAAGCUGCAAAAUCACUAGGAAUCGUUAUAUUUGUUUAUCUUGCUUGCUGGAUACCUUAUUAUGUAAGCUCUCUUUCAGUUGAAAGUGUCACAUCUUUGUCGAUGGUGUGGAAUGUGUUCGGGUGGCUGAUAUGCAUGAACUCCUCUGUGAAUCCAUUAAUUUAUGCCAUAUUCUACCCAUGGUUUAGAGAAUCAGCUAAGUUCAUUUUCUCAUGUAGAAUAUUUGAUUCUUCAUUAAGUCUGAAGGUUUAA